UAUUUGCCUGAUGCGAUUGAUUAAUUUGACCUUGGCAUUUCCUGAAAGUCAUUGGCGAGAGUGUUAUUGACGGGUUAUGUCAAGUAUAUGAAUAUUUCAUGCUGUAUGCCAUCUAAAAGGGUUAAGCCGAUGAGGAAGCUUUGCCCAUGGUGUACAAGAAACACUUCAACAUUUGCGAGAAAAUUAGUAGAAUGCUUCUUCCGAGUGGGAUCCUUUGCUGACAGCGUUCUAUACAACAGGAUUUUCUUCAGUUAGGAAUACAGAACUGAAACUGCAACAAAUCUGGUUUUAAAUAUCCACUGUUCACGGGGUCGACCUGCUCACCAACUUCCGGGUAGCACAUUCCUGCCUGAUCACUUGGUUUCUCAACGGUAAGGACAGGAGAGACGUACGCCAAGAUGCAGAUGCCACAGAUGCAAAUGCCCCAGAUGCAAAUGCCGCAAUUUAACAUUGAUGAGACGAAGGAGCGGAUGACGGAAUUCAUUGGAACUGCCAAGACAAGGAUAACGAAUCCGGUAACGCAGAAGCGAUUCAUCCUCAUCAUCGUCUGCAUAGCUCUUCUUCUGGACAAUAUGUUGUACAUGGUUAUAGUUCCCAUCAUCCCAGAUUUUCUGAGGUCAAUAGGAGCUUGGGACACGGUAACACCGACGCCCAUUCCUGGUACAAACACGUCCUUAUAUUCGAACAUUACCAACUCUUCCCAAGAUGAUGUUGAUGUAGAGUAUAAAAAUGAAAAUGUUGCCAUUGGUAUUCUCUUUGCCUCAAAAGCAAUUAUCCAGCUUUUCGUGAAUCCGUUCUCUGGAACGUUGAUUGACAAGAUUGGAUAUGACAUACCCAUGAUGAUAGGAUUGGUGGUAAUGUUCAUUGCAACUACGGUGUUUGCCUUCGGGAAGAGUUACGGUGUACUGUUCUUCGCAAGAAGUCUUCAGGGUGUUGGUUCUGCCUUCGCGGAUACUGCUGGUCUUGCCAUGAUUGCAGAUCGGUUCACAUCGGAGCAUGAGCGAAGUCGUGCGUUGGGUAUUGCCCUCGCGUUCAUCUCCUUCGGGUGUCUCGUCGCUCCUCCAUUCGGAGGCGUUCUCUACGAAUUCGCUGGCAAGGUCGUACCCUUCGUGAUUCUAGCCUUCAUCUCACUAUCCGAUGGAUUUAUGCUGCUAUUUGUGGUCAAACCCUACUCCGAAAGAAGAUGGCAAAUGCCAAGAGGUACACCAAUCUAUAAACUUAUCAUUGAUCCGUAUAUAGCGGUAGCAGCAGGUGCACUUUCAAUGUCAAACGUGGCACUAGCGUUUUUAGAACCUACCAUGGCAUUAUGGAUGGAGGAUACCAUGCAGGCAGUCAGUUGGCAAACAGGAAUCAUCUGGCUCCCAGCCUUCUUUCCUCACGUCAUUGGUGUCAUCAUUACGGUCAAGCUCGCUGCUCGAGCGCCCCAUUACCAAUGGCUAAUGGCAGCCAUUGGCAUGGCCAUCAUAGGACUCAGUACCUUCAUUGUCCCAUUCUGUAAGACAUUUGGAGUUCUUAUAGUUCCUCUGUGUGGCAUCUGCUUCGGUAUCGCUCUUGUUGAUACAGCUCUUCUGCCAAUCCUGGGCUACCUUGUGGACGUCCGGCAUAACCCAGUCUACGGAAGCAUCUACGCCAUCGCGGAUAUAUCUUACUCGCUCGCUUACGCCAUUGGUCCAAUCCUGGCUGGUCAGAUUGUUCAAGGGGUCGGUUUCCUGAACCUCAACAUUAUCAUCGGUGUCUUCACAUUAGCUUACGUACCGCUGCUCAUUUUCCUUCGCCGGGUCUAUGACAUGACACCACAAUCGCAUGAAGACACCAUUCUUCUCACAGAAGAACCGGCCACAGGUCUCUAUCAAAGCGUCAAAGACGAAUACAAACGCAGCCAGAAGGAUGGCAUUAACUCUUCCUAUAAGCAGUACGACGCAUUCGGCAUGGAUAAACUCGGCAAUGGAAGACUUGAUGGGCCUACCAACGUGGAGAAAUCUGACUCGAGUGAUAACAUGAACGGCUUUGCCGGCUCGCGGACAGAUAACAAGGCAAAAUCCAAGAAUCCCUAUGUUCAUAAAGUUGUGGCAAGGCAGCUGGAUUACAGCUCCCUAUCGGAGCAAGAAGAUUAAUACCAAGUUAUAUUAGGAAGCGAAUAUAUUAUAUUGAUAUUUAUUUGAAGAGUAUACUUAAGAAUUGAGGAACUGGUCACGUAUGGAUGCAAAUGUUUUAAUGUUUCUUAGAUUUCAAGAAAGAAAAUCAUACCUAUAACGAAAGUUUCAACGAUAGUGGUAGUAGCAAUUAUUGUAGAAUGACAGUACUAAAAUAGUAGCAGUACAAAAAUGACAUGAAGAGCAGCAUUGUACAAUUAAAUGUCAGGAUUGUGUUCCGUAUACUGUGGCGCCAAGGACUCUUGUGCACGUUCGAUUGCCAUUGUCCGCUCCAUGGGGAACGUUCCUCCCAUUCACUGGACGAAAAAAAAUGCCCGUGGUAUCCUAAGAAUUACAAGCAGACAGAAAACAGCUAUUACAAGCGUGUUUGUAAACGAACGCCUCGAAUCAUCCACCAUGACUGUUCAUUUUUCUUCGUUUUUUUUAUACAGAGAAUCCAUAUUUAAACUCAUGUUGGCUGAUUCGCGAAGUUUAUAUACAAAACACGUUCUACCUCUAACAUGUCUUAAGAUGGCGGUCAGACAGGUUGGCUUAUGCCGGCAUACGCUCUGUUUUUACAGAAGCAAAACUCGAGAGAUCAUCUCUCCAAUCCGCUGAAUUCCACUGGAAUGAGAUCAAAUAUUGGUUCUUUGUGUAACUAUAAAGAUUAAAAGAUAAUUCGUUAGAUAGACUAACAAAUAUACAUGUUAUAUCGUGGCUAUGCAGAGAAUAUUGCUAAGAUGGUUUGUGGGACGUCAAUUAGACGAAAGCAGUUUUGAAAGGUCUUAUGAACAUCACUCUAAAAAGGUUACGUGAAAAACAAAUGCCCAAUAUUUGGUUAAAGGGAAUAUAUGGAUGUUAGUUGGGUCACAUUGGCAACCGUCAUUGGUUAUAGUCACACAACAUUGCGUAAAAUUUACACAGCAUUAGGUGUUGUUUGACUCAACCAACCUGCAUGCUCACUUUUACAGUGGGCGAACACAUCUUCACCACCAUAAAGAUGUAAAGGUAUAAAAACAAAAUUUGAAAAAUGUGUUCGGACUUUUUGUAAAGUUAUACUCGCUAUGCGAAAAUGUGGUUCAAGGAAAUCGAAUACAUCUGUUAAGUCUGUUAUAAUGGUAACAACGGUUUUGUACAUACAAAUCAUAAAUUCUGUAUCAGUAAAGAUGAACUUUUAUAUCUUUCAGAAAUUUGAUAUCAUCACCACUUUUAUCUUAUGUUUAUGUUUUGAACUAUUUGGUCAUCAGCUAUUGUACAUGAUGUGAAUUAUAUUCGAGUUGGAAACCUUAUUAAAGAAUGAAACUCGGUUUAAUGACAUGAUUUGUUCACUGCAAAAAUGCCGGUGUUAAUUUAACACCAGCCUGGUGUCUAUAUUGGUCAAAACCAGAGAGGUGGUGAAGCAACACCAGUUUGGCGUUAGGCUAACACCAAUUUGCCAUUAAAGCAACACCAAUACGUGUUAAACCAAUAUCGGUUUGAUUCUUAACUGGUGUUGUUUCAACACCUCUCUGGUGUGGACGAUAUAGAUACCAGGCUGGUGUUAAAUUAACACCGGUGUUUUUGCAGUGUUUAAAUCAGUAUCUCAUAAAGCACUAUAUUGAAAGAUGAAUGUUUUCAUGGGGAGGGGAAUAUAUAAAUUCCUUAGUUAUCAACAAAUAAAGUUUACUUAUAAUGUGUAAAUGUUAGUAGGAUAAGGUUGAUAAAUUUUGUUACCGAAUCAGCGUUAAUCCUUUAAUUCGUUUUUUUUUGUUCUGUGUUCACAAAUGUUCUAAUAAUAUUCUGGUUUAUCAUUGGAAUAAGAUAAAGAAGAAAAUGUGGGGCAUUUUGACUGCCGUUGGCAACUUUUCUUUGUGGCACGAAAGCCAAAACCUAGAAACGUAAUCAAUACCAUUAACCGCAAUUAAAAGCAACGAUUUUGAUUGGAUUUUUUUUUUCAACAUUGUGUCAUGUAUAAUGUUAUUUUGAUUGGCCAGUAGUAUUAUUAUAUUGAUUAUAUGUGUCAUAUUAUGGUGAAACAUAUCAUACAGAUGAAUAAUUUGAAGGAAUUGGCUAUCGGUUCGUGGAGUGGGUUUGGUGAUACCAAUGGGAUUACUCUAUAGAUCUGGUACCAUUGCAGGGAAAAUGCAAUAAACGCAAUUUAAAAAAUCAAACGCAAUUUGAUUUUAAACCAAUCAGAUGCACUCUUUUGUGGGACUUGCGUUUGAUUAUCUGAUUUAUGAUUGAACCCAGUUUCCCUUUUGCAAAGCCCCCCCCCCCAACAUGUUGGCGAAAGACUUUGAAACCUGCCCAAUAUAAUUAGUGCUUUCCUCGCUGCCUACAUAACAACAUCGUGUGAAUCGCUUUCCUCCUUCAUAUUGCGUGCAAAAACGCACGCAUUUGCGACGGUUUUGUCAUUAGCAUCUUGAUGUAAUAUCGUAAACUCGAUCAUAUACUUUAAGUAAGUGAUUUACCAGGUUUCUAAAUGAAUUCCACUGACUUUUGCGUCAGUUUUGUUCAGGAUAAGGAGCCUUUAUGAUCUCCCUUCCCGGGGAGAGUGUUCCCGUAUGUGAUCUGCAGACGCGCCGACGAUCUCAGCUCGCAUUAAAUUAUUUAGUAGGCUAAUUAGCUCGAGCUGCUUUAGAAGGCUAUAGCGAUAGAUGUUUUUGUUUUUCAUCUUAUCUGGGAGAGAGCCCUAUCUAGUUUAAAUGCAAUGCUGAAGCAUUAGUUCCUGAAGAUUAAACGUCAUCAUUUUACAUCAAUAAUUCCAUACGCAGCUACUGUAUGACCUUUUUGUUUUAUAUUUAAAACAGAGUGAUUGAUUAUUAUAAUGCUUUCAUUUUGGUGACGUAUGAAAUAAAUGAAUAUAAUACCUAAAUGGUUCCAACACCCUUAAUUCAAGUUACAAAAACAAAAACAAAACAGGUGGGUCUAAGUAACGCGCUUGUUUUUUUUUUAGAAUAUAUAUUACGAUUUAGAAUAGUAGAUUCAAUGAUGUCUAUUUCAUCCUAAUAGAUUCAAAAUAAAGAAAUAAACACAUAUUUGGAUACUGUUUUAUAGAUUAUGAGUAUAGAAAAGCGGUUGAACAAAGAGACGAUAAUCGUAGACAAUUGUUUCUAUGUCAAUAUGGGGCAAUAAUCCGCAAAAUAUGUGAAACGUUAUCAAAUUAAAACAUUGAUUUCUGAGUCCCGUAUUCCCCCUGUAAGCUUUGCGCAGGUAGGUUUUUCAGCAGGUAAGGGGUUAAGCUCCCAUGUUAUUGUAAUGUGUGUGUGGAUUAAUUACGAAUCGCUGGUUAUUUGAAAUUCUACUAACCAUUCAAACGCGUUGAUAGAAACAUUCCAUUCCAUGUUCGUAAGAUGGCGGUAUUCAAAGUCGCAAGUUUUCUCAACAUUCCUAA